AGGACCUGCAUUUGAGAUGCCAUCACACCCUUUUUUUAUUGUCUUUUGGACUUAAGCACCCACACCCCUUCUUUUUUUGCCUUCUCCGUCAUAUGAAGUUUUUUAUUCAAGUUCUUAUUUUCUAAUCCAACCACACCUUUCUCGCUUACUCACUAAUUCGCUCACUAAUUCACUCACUUGCUUACUCAUUCCCUAUUCCCUUCGUUCGUCCAUUUAUCUCGCACAUACACUCACACAAUGUCAGGUUCCAGGCCAAAAAACUCAGCAGGCGGCGGCGGCGGCAACAACAGAAGACACGGCAAUCGGUCCGGCAAACGGGUUCCCUCAGGCACAGGUCCGAGCGCCAAGGUCCGGCUCGAGGCCUUACCAGAAAUCCUUGGCAGCACAGACAUGUCACAAUUCAACACUCCCCAGACGUCACCCGUGCCAUCGAUAAGAGGUCAGGGCAACAUAAAAGUACAAUCAGACACACAUGAUAUCAACACAAAAUUCACUAGCACAGCGCAUUCGGAUGGCCAGGCAACACCGCCACUGAUCGUAGGCGAUACUGGGGGUGAUUCGGUCGGCACAACAGUGGCCGGAAACACUUCCGUUGCGAGCAAGGACGUCAGCCCGAUUGGCGAGCAGCAGAUGAGGGCAGAGCGACCACAGUCACGCUCAGCAGCGCUGUGGGCUGGGCCUUCUGGCCGGCAACGGGAGCAGAGCGGGGUAUUCGGACGACCAAAUAGCACGCGGAUGCAAAUAAGCAGGCAGAGCGGCGGCGGCGGCGAUGGCAACAGCAUUGCCAGUGCGAGCGUUGUCACAGCAGCUGGCAGCGAGGGGUCGGGUAUAAGCGGUACAAACUCUGCCGGGUUGAUUGCCGAGCGGUACAGCCCUGCACCAGAGGCAUCCAACAGUGGCGUAGCAGCUGGGGUUCUGCGCCGGCGCGGGCAUACGCUGGAACCAGACCAGCUUGUGGGCCAUUUCCACGUGGCAGCGGGGAACACGUCACUGGCAGUGCACCCUCCAGCGCGACUGUCCAAGAGCAGCGCCUCGUCAAACACAACGACGUCGACAGUUGAGAUCGAAGCUGAUACAGCGCCACAGGGUCAGCUCGCACGGAUGCUAAUCAGCACUGCUCCUGAGACUGUCCCGGUGGCCAACACGCACAUGCCGCUGGAGCCUUCAACGGGCGUCUUGGGACGGGGCAGGCGGGGUGUCAGCAGCACAAACGACAGCAGGAGCGUCUUUGGCGGGCGCCUUCGCCUCAGUUCCGGCGAGCACGCCCAGGACGGGUCGCCCGAAGACAUACCGGCACAGCAGCGGAGUGCGUCGGUAGAGAUGGCCAGUUCAUUUGUGCCGCCCGAGGACGCCGCCAGGAGCUACGGGCGUACCUCCAUGAGCGGCAGCCCCGAUAUCAUGCACCGCGCGAUGCCGCUGCCCACACAGCCCGCCGCGCUGCGCGUCGCCAAGAUGCCCAAUACGCUGUCGCAGACCGACUUGGGCGCAGACAACACUGAUACAUACGCGCAUCCGCCGCUGGCCAGGUCAUCAGAGUCCGUGUCUGUUGUGCAGCAUGACCAGGCCCACCACCAGCAUCAUCAGCGGCGUGAGAGCCUGCACGUAGCCAUGCAGAAGAGUGCCUCAGCUCUUUACCCGCCGUCAGUCGCCGGGCUGGGCAUCGCCGGCCGCGUCACAACAGGCGCUGAGUCUGGGCGGGGCGGUAUGCCGCACCCGGGUGCUGGGCGCGGCGACCUAGCCUUUCCUGAGAACAGCAGCGACGACUGCGACUCCCCUGCUGUGCGCUCCACCAACCCGAUCUGCCCUUGGCGCCCGAAGCGGCCGACUACCGGCAUCAAUGCAAACAGAACAAUAAAGAGCUCGUUCGAGUUAAAGUGGAACUACAUGGCGGCCGCGCCCAACUCGAGACCUCUGUGCGUAGUGGCCGGGCGCGACGGCCUGGUGCUUAUAAACAUGAACAACGACAGUAUUACCGAGGGAGUGCGGCUAUCAGCAGCUGUGCGGCGGUGGUCCAUGGCACUGGACUUUAAGGACGUCAUAUGGCGGCCAUCAGACUUUAUCGCUACGGGAUCCAACGACGGCACAGUGAUGAUUUGGGACCCAGAGCGCCGCGACGGGUCGCGUGUGCGCUGUUAUCCCGAGGUGAAGCGCGCUGUCAAUCGGCUGGCACACAAACCCGACAACCCGUUUCUCAUAUACGCCGCCUUCAGCGAUGUGAACCUGAUGUGCUGGGACGUGCGCUCGCAGAGCAACCAAGCCAGCCUGCGCAUCGAGAUGCCGCGCACGGCGCAAGACAUUAGCUGCAAUCCGCUGGACUCCAAUAUGAUCUCGGCCAUUUCCAGCGAGGGCCAGAUUGGCCUUUGGGACAUUCGCAAGCCCACGAUGCCAAUAAAGCAGAUUCACGCCCACAUGGCAUACAACGGCCAAUGCCUCACUUGGCAUCCCAACGGCCGUUUUAUUGCCAGCGGUGCCAGCGAGCAUGUUAUUAAGGUCUGGGACGUCAGCGCGGCCAGCCUGCGCAAGCCCAGCGUUACGCCCUUUUGCACCAUCCACACGGCAGCCGUCAUCACACACAGGCUAGCCUGGCGCCCCGGCUACGACACGCAGAUUUCGUCCAGCGCCUUCUCGGUCGACACCAGGCUGCAGGUCUGGGACAUGCGCAACCCCAACCACAGCCUCAUGUACCACGACAUGCACUACAGCCCAAUCACGGGCUUCGCUUGGGUCGACCAGGACACUGUGUGGAGCAUCUCUCGCGACGUUAACAACGGCAACGAAACUGACGUCGUCCAGUGCAAUAUGCAGACCGAUGCUGUCAUUACAGCUGGGCUCCUGGGCUCGACCGCCGCCGACUUUGGGCCUGUUGACUUUUUGGCUGUUGCCACUGGGAGCUUUACUCCGCGCACGGAUAUCGAGCAGCCUCCACCCUUGCCUAACAGGGGCAAAGACAGCACUGGCGCGUUGGUUGCCAGCGAAGUGCUCAGCAAGAGCGAAGACGCUGCGAACAACGCGUGCAGCCUGACCAGGUUCCAGCCCAACCUUCCUGAGUCAUUUGUUGAUGUGCAUGAGCUGGAGAGCGAUCUGUCUUUCCAAGGCCCUACCAUAUGCCUCCUGGCCAUGCGGUACCGCUACGAUCCAGAUGAUUUUGUUAAGAGCUGCAAAACAAACGCGCUGGUUGCUUUGGAGGUUGGCAUGAUGGAGAUAUCGAAAUUCUGGCAGUUCCUGGCCAUCACUUUUGGCGAUGCCCUGCCAUUAAAGCCCAAGCGCAAUGCUAACAAAAGAUUAGCUACUGCCAGAGACGCUGCGCUCAAAGCGCAGAAGCUUCUUCUGGAGACUGAGAAUGUCGGAGAUCUGUUGUCUAACGGCAUGGGGAGCGGGCCGCGGCAGUCGACAGUAACCAGUCGCGCAAGCUCUAUUAUCAUUCCAAGCAAGGCUGCAACCACAGAGUUUUUUGCCAUCAGUGCCGCAGAUGUUAGCAGUGAUGAGGAGAACUUUACCAGAUACAAUAGCGUGCUCUCGCCCACUACGAUCUCGCGGCACUCGUCCACCCACUCGUUCACUAAUUUGCGCAUCAAUGUGCCAGCGGGAGCACCGGUCUCGGCAACAGCACCGGCGCCGGUAACGCCACAGUCGGCGGUUCCGAAAUCGCAUCAGCCACGGCACCUCAACAACGGAAAUACCAAGCCCGACCGCAACUUCCUGUCGCUCUCUCACACCAACCUCCAAAACGUUUCGUUAGAGUUUAAAAAAUCGCGCGUGCCUUCUCCCUUGAUCCAGUCCAUUUCCAACUCGCUUUCAGGUCCCUCUUCAUCGAACAACUUUGCCUCGGAGCCCGCCACACCGGCAAUCCGUCCGGCUCGCCAACAGGUGUUCAUGAACCACACGGCCAACCCGAGCCUGGCCUCGAUAGCCUCGGGGGCCUCGCACGGGCUAUCAAAGUACACGGCUGGCAUUUACAAGCGACCCCUUCUUGCCAACGAGCAGCCAUGCGGCAACAGCUCGACGACUCCCAUGGUUGAGUCCUACCCAAAGUUCGUAUCAGCCCCCUCAUCGCUGGCUCAACACCCCGAUUCCCACAGCAUGCACGCUGAUCCAGACCCGAUGAGUGCCGAGCAGCGGCCCUCGGUGUUGCCGCCCACCAAGCUGGAACUACGCGUGCGGCGCAACGUCACCAAGGCCGAGCUCAAGCUGGUGAUUGACUCAUGCGUGUACUACGCCGACAGGGGCGACGUGCAGACAGCCGUGACAGCAGCUCUGCUCAUGCGCAACUUUAUUCGGCUUUCCCAAUGGACGGCCGCCCAGGACUGGUUCUCCUCGUAUAUCGGUAUGCUCGACGACCACAAGGCGUUUGCCCCAGCGACCGAGGUCAUCUUGGUUGCGCCGUUUGACUCUAUAAGAGAGCUCAUGGCGGAGCGCUGCAUUGUGGGCAUGAACUGCCCGAACUGCAGAAGCUCCCUGGGCUAUAUUCCGGAUGUCGGGUAUGCCAAGUGCCUGGAGUGCAAAAAGGACGUCAACCCGUGCGUUAUCUGCCAGCAGCCGACAAAGGGCAGGUACGUGUGGUGCCGGGGCUGUGGCCAUGGCGGCCAUUCGGAGCAUAUGUUCGAGUGGUUCAAGGACAUGCAGCAGGUCAGUUGCCCGACAGGAUGCGGACAUUUGUGCCAGCCAACGGUUGAGAUGGUGUGAAAAGGGAUCAAUUGAAGCAUUAAACAUUGG